CCAUCACCGCACACACGAGCUGCGCUGUCGAGUAAAUUACCUGCAAUUCUCAAUAUUAUUAGCAGGGCGCGUGAGCGCAUUUUACCGGGGGUGCUUUAUUACAUUUUGCAUGUCUGUUCAAUACCUAUCGUCUAUGGCAUUGAUAAGGGGCAUAUGAUUAGUGACCCCCGUCUGUUAUUAGAGCUCUCCCGUCGCUGACCAUGGCUGCAUGUCCUUUUCUUGAAGGAUAAUUUUCGUAAUGAUGUGAAAAGUGGAUAUUUUACUUUUCCUUUUUAAGAGAUGAAAAGUGGAGAAGUGGGGCGCUCUCUAGCCUGGUGGUUGGGUUUAGGACUGCUGUCUGCCAUUCUAGCAUUUCUUUACUUUAACGGAACAAAGUCCAGGGCGGCUCUUCCAGACAAAAUCAACGCUACUUAUGAUUUCGUUAUUGUUGGAGGGGGCACCACCGGCUCGGUGUUGGCCAGUCGUCUGUCAGAGUCCCCAGAUGUGACGGUCCUUCUCCUGGAGGCUGGGGGUUUAGACUCCGAUCCCGAUCUCAAAGUCCCUCUUCUGUCCGCACUUGAGCGGAAAACGGAGCAUGAUUGGAAGUUUAUGUCAACUCCACAACAACAUGCUUUCAAAUCUUUGGCUGGAAAGAGGGGGCACUUCAACAUGGGUCGCGUUCUAGGAGGAAGCAGUUCUAUAAAUAACAUGGUAUACUUACGGGGUGGCAGCACUAACUAUAAUGAAUGGGAGAGGAAUGGGGCCUCAGGGUGGGGCUUCCGUGACGUCAUUCCAUACUUCCACAAAUUAGAAGACUUUCGUAUUGAAAAAUUCCAAACUUCGGCAUAUCAUUCCACAAGAGGACCUGUAGUUGUCAGCGACGGCUCUCAGCAUCACCCACUUCUUCACGACAUAUACCAGAAAGCGUCAGAAACAAUGGGGAGUAAAGCCACAGACUGUAACGGCAAAGACGCCAUAGGAUUUUGCUCCAGUCCUUCGCUGUUGGACCGCUCAAGACGAGUGAGUACUGCUUCUGCGUACCUAACACAGGCCAUGGACAGAAAGAAUCUCCACAUCGCCACCUACUGCCAUGUCACCAAGAUUCUGAUUUCUAACGGUAAAGCGUUAGGGGUGGAGUACCUACAGAACGGGAGGCGGGAAGUCGUGGGGGCCACGAAGGAGGUGGUGCUAACGGCAGGAGCCAUAGGGUCCCCACACAUACUGCUUCUGUCGGGGGUCGGGCCGAGGGCCCACCUAGAGGAACACAAAAUUUCGGUCCACUCUGAUCUUCCGGUAGGAAACUUCAUUCAAGAUCACGUGAUCUUUCCAAUCCGAGGCUCCAUAAACGAAUCCUUAACAGUGAACUACCCAAGGUCAACCAGCGUCCUGGCAAAACUGAAAUACAGUUUGUUUGGGGGAGGUCCUUUGUCAUCAAAUGGCGCAAUUGUAGGCCAUUCCUUGGUAGAAACAAAACAGAAUAAGACGAAUCAAGCCGAUGUAAUGUUCAGUUUCCUAGCAACCAUUCCGGAACUUUGGUCAGCAAUGGAUUAUGGCUAUGAUGCAAAUGUUAAGAAAGAGCUCAUACCUGUCAGAAAUGGGAAGCCUAACUCUACUGAAGGCGUCACCUUCCUUAUCAAACUUCUGGGGAUUAAGAGUAAAGGAACAUUGAGGAUACGUAGCACUAAUCCGUUUGAUCCGCCGGAUGUGGAUCCCAGGUAUCUGGAUCAUCCAGAUGACGUCACUGGUCUCAUCCAAGGGAUAAGGUAUUACUAUAAGCUUAUGAAGACUAAAGCCUUUAGCCGCAUACAGACAAGGCCACCAUACUCUCCAUUUACCAAGUGUUCGAAACAUAAACUGAAUUCUGACAAUUAUUUAGAGUGCUUAGUGCGCCAUCUAGCGGUACCAGGGAGCAAUCUGAUUGGUGGAUGUAAAAUGGGGUCCCAGAAGGAUAACACAACAGUGGUUGAUCACAAGCUGAGGGUGAAGGGGAUAGAUCGACUUCGUGUUGUAGAUUCUUCUGUGAUGCCGACAUUAGUGUCACCUGAUCUAGUAGCGCCAUCUAUAAUGAUGGCGGAAAAGGCGGCAGACAUGAUACGGAGCAGCCAUUUAUUGAAAAAGAAAGUUUUAAAUACAAGAAAAACUAGGUAGCGACGAUGGAAUUAGGAUUUUCAAAUGUUAUUGAAUUAAUAAUAAUUUUUUUUUGUAUAUAGUGAAACAUUUAUUUAUAUACACUGAGAAUUGUACGUAAAGUUAUGGAGAAUAAAAGGAACAAAUCAACAAUG